AUGUUUAGACCGGCAAAAGCCCGGUGGAGACCGGCCGGUCUAAACUUUUACACCGGCACCGGCCCGGGUCUGCCGGUCAGGUUACAACUCUGCGGUGCAGCAUUCAAUCUAACUUCAAGGAACAAUGACGGUGAAUCAUUAAACGGAAAGAUUAAACACCAAUUAACACUUAGAAAUAAAUUACAUUUAUCAUCAGUUUUACCAAAGUAUCUUAUUUACAAAAUAUUUCGUGCUCAAAAUAUACCAGGUGAACCAUUUGUACCCAUUGUUGGUCAAGUACCUGAUAUUCCUGCCUAUGCCAAAGUUGAUAAAGGCCGCAAUGAGUACGAGUUUGAUUUGAACGUGAAACAUGGUGAUAUUUGUAUCAUUAUGCAAGGCCCUAGCGUCUGCCUUCUCAUCAGGGACGCUUCAUUCAUUAGCGAUGCUUUGAAGAAGUAUUCAAAAUAUUAUAUUAAACCAAAGUUAUUUCGUACAGUCUUCAGUGCGCUAAUGGGAGAACAUAAUUUGCUCGUCAGUGAAGGUGAUGUGCACGAUCGAUCGCGAAAAGCGUUAAACCCAGCAUUUCAUUUUGUCAACUUACAAUCAAUGACUUCGAUCAUGGUUCAACAGACGACAAAUACUAUUGAUCAGUGGUCAAAGAUGAUGUUAGGGAGUACUGUCAAUCUACAAAAAGAAU